AUGGGUGAAGGUAGCAAUUCUAGAGCCUGGCCAAAGAGAAUCAGAAAAAUUGAAGUCAUUAGCUUUGAGCAAAGCUUUGUGCAAUUGUCUAGUGAGGGGAAAAAGACAUACCUAGUUGUAGAAAAAGUACUUAAAAGGCCUUUUAAUACAUUUGAUGGUGCUUACUCAGUUGUGUUUGAUAACACAUGUCCUCGAUACAAGUGGGUUCGCAAUGGCUGGCUCGUUGAGGAGCGUCGCAUCAUGCUGAGUGGCCGUCUAUACCGGUACUAUUACGAUCCAAAGGGGAAAGUGUACAAAACCAAGUACCAAGUGGAGCAGAUUUUCGCUGACAUUGACAAGUACCUGGCUAAAAGAGCCCAGAGGUCAUCAUCUUCGAAGACUAAUUAA